UACUCCCAGAGCCGCUGCCAGAUUCAUUCACAAAUCUCCGCCGGCUCCGAGCGCACACCGGGGCUCCCGCUACUACUGCCCGCUACCUACCGCCCGGGGGAUACCUACCGACACUGCCCGGGGGAUACCUACCGACACUGCCCGGGGUACACUACUACUGCCCGCUACCUACCGCCCGGGGAUACCUACCGACACUGCCCGGGGAUACCUACCGACACUGCCCGGGGUACACUACUACUGCCCGCUACCUACCGCCCGGGGAUACCUACCGACACUGCCCGGGGAUACCUACCGACACUGCCCGGGGGAUACCUACCGACACUGCCCGGGGUACACUACUACUGCCCGCUACCUACCGCCCGGGGAUACCUACCGACACUGCCCGGGGAUACCUACCGACACUGCCCGGGGGAUACCUACCGACACUGCCCGGGGUACACUACUACUGCCCGCUACCUACCGCCCGGGGAUACCUACCGACACUGCCCGGGGAUACCUACCGACACUGCCCGGGGGAUACCUACCGACACUGCCCACUACCCCCAGCUGCUACUACUACUACUGCCCGGGGAUAGAGCUAUAGCAGGCUGCCAGCACCGGGAGCACACUGACAGCCGGUGACUGACCGGCACAGCGCCGGAGCGAUGCAGCAGCGGGACUGACACUUGGAGUGACACCGGGACUGACACUUGGAGUGACACCGGGACUGGCACCGGGACCCCCGGGAGGACAUGUACCAGGGCUACGACUCCUCCAGCUCCUCCCCCUCCGCAGACUCUCACUAUCUCUCCUCCGUGGAUUCAUUCGGAAGCCCCCCGGCAGGUGCUGCCCCGCAGGAGUGUGUGGCCGUAUGUGAUGUCCCCCCCUUUGUCCCAACCGUUACGGCCAUCACCAGUAGUCAGGACCUCCAGUGGCUGGUCACCCCCACUCUUCUCUCCUCCAUGGCUCAGUCCCAACCAACACCAGGGCCAUCUCUUGAUCCAUAUGACCUCCCAGGCCCCAGUUAUGCCUCACCUUCUGGACCGACUUAUGGCCCAGCUCAACCCGCUGCUACCUCUGGACAAGAGGAAACCCACCCUACUCGUUCACGGGGCAAAAGGACCAGGGAGGAGGCUCUGACUCCUGAGGAGGAGGAGAAAAGGCGUGUACGCCGUGAAAGGAACAAAUUGGCUGCUGCCAAAUGCCGAAACCGAAGACGAGAGCUGACUGAUAGACUGCAGAGUGAGACCGAUCUCUUGGAGGAAGAGAAGUCUACGCUUGAGGCAGAGAUCGAUGAGCUUCGCAGACAGAAGGAACAGUUGGAGUUUGCCCUUCUCUCCCACCAAUCCGCAUGUAAACUGCCCUAUGAGGACCCUGACCUACCCCCCACCGACCCAGCUGCUUCUUUCCCCCAUGGAGGACUCCUGCCCUCGUAUCCCCCCCAGCCGGAGGUAUCAUUCCCUAUCUGUUUGCCCCCACUACCGGACUCAGACUGUGUCACCGGCGUGGGAUCUUACACAUCUUCAUUUGUGUUCACCUCCCCAGAGGGAGGAACCUGUGGAACCCGGUACCAGCGCAGCAGUGGAAGUGAGCGCUCAUCCUCCGACUCACUCAGCUCCCCCUCACUCCUGGCACUCUGAGACAUGAAUUUCAUUCCUCCAUUCUUCUAGUCAUUCUCUCCAUCCAGAUCCUCUCUCUUCUACUCCUCUAGGGACCCUCAUUCUAUACUCUCAUCCUGCCUCCAGGUAUCUUCAUGGCCAUCUGAGCCUGCCAUGGAUAUAUCGCCACUACCAAACCUUCCUUCCCUGUCCUCUUAAAAUACUUGUGGACCUGUUGGUUCCAAAUCUCCUGCUACCUGGUUUCCAUAGUCCAUAUGGUCUUUUAUUAAAGGAAAACUGUAGCUGACUUAGUGAAGAUCUAAUUGCCACAUUCACACAUAUGUGGAGUACGUUGACACUAUAACGUGUUCUCUGUGCUCUCCUGGUUUCCUGUCCUACAAGUGUCAGAUUUGCAGUAGGAAGCCACGUAAUAUUAUAUUAUUGGAUCAGCUUUAAUCUCCGCUAGAGUUUCCCCAUGGUCUAUGAAGCAAUGCCUCCAGAACCUGCCUCUUCCACCUCAGUUAUCCUCUUCUUGGCUCUAUCUCCUCUACUCUAUCAUCCCUAUAUUUGUGAACCUUUCAUAACCCCUCAUCCCUUCUUGUGGAAGUGUGCGGUGGGCUGAGUGCUGUCAAGAAGACUUCGCCUAGCUACAUUCCACUUCAAAGACCUGCACGAAAUGAGCUCCUGCCAGAGAGAACCCCGGGACCACCUCUUCCACCAUCAAGAGGCCAAGACAAGUUGUGUGAGAUAUGUUGUGAUGGGGGGGGGGGGGGGGAGCAGGAAUAAUAAUGUAUCAGAAAGGAGGAGCCCCCAAUUCUAAGACCAGAAGAGUUAUUAACCUCUUCCCUGCCAGGGCAGUGAUUGGCAAGCCUUUAACCCCUCAUUUGCCAAAGAGAGAGGCAAGCCGAAUAGUUCCCUCCUUCCCUCCAGAGAGAGUCAAGCAGCCUUACCUCCUUCCCUCUCGGAGAGAGGUUAUCAGAGUACUUACCUUCUUCCCUCCCAGAGAGAGGUGAACAGACUUACCUCCUUCCCUCUGAGAGAGACGAGCAGAGUACUUACCUACUUCCCUCCCAAAGAGAGGUGAGUAGACUUCCCUCCUUCCCUCUGAGAGAGGCGAGCAAAGUACUUACCUUCUUCCCUCCCAGAGAGAGGUGAGCAGACUUACCUCCUUCCCUCUCGAAGAGAGAGGCUAUCAGAGUACUUACCUUCUUCCCUCCCAGAGGUGAGCAGACUUACCUCCUUCCCUCUCAAAGAGAGAGGCUAUCAGAGUACUUACCUACUUCUCUCCCAGAGAGAGGUGAGCAGACUUACCUCCUUCCCUCUGAGAGAGACGAGCAGAGUACUUACCUAUUUCCCUCCCAAAGAGAGGUGAGCAGACUUCCCUCCUUCCCUCUCGGAGAGAGGCUAUCAGAGUACUUACCUUCUUCCCUCCUGUAGAGAGGCUGCAUAGUACUUAUAUUUUACCGUGCGGUGAGGUGAGGCAGAACUUUCCUGUCAUAAUCCAGUAUACGCCAGAGUUCUGACUAUAUAAAGUAUAGGAACAAUACAUACAAUAUUUUAGAAAUAUCUUCUUUAUUAUUUUAAUCCUUUUUAUAGUCAAAAUUCUGGAGUAAAAAGUGUAUGUCAGGUGAGGCAGUGCCCCCCCCCUACCUACCUUUUCCACUUACUGUAUUUUAAGCGCCUCCUUGGCCACGCUGCAGCCCGGCGCAGAGGAGAAGAGCUGCAGCUACUGCUGCCAGAUAAGGGGGGGAGGUCCUGGGCCCGGGGAAUUAGUGCCCUCCCACUCUCUGCACCACUGUAUACUGCUGCACCGGUGUAUACUGGGGCUCAUAUAUUGUAUGUAUCUGUGGCUCUGGUACUAGCCAGUGCCUCCUGAGCCAUUUACCUCACCGCACGUCCCUGUAUUUUACCCUCCUAGAGAUAGGUAGAGUCCUGUUCCUUCCCAGAGAGAUGGAGAAUGCUUCCCUCCUGGAGAGAGUACUUACCUUCCAGAGAGGUGGAGCAGAGUACUUACCUCCUUCCCUCCUAGAGAGAGUCCUGUCCAGUCUCAGUUAUUAAAGUCAUGUUUAUGUUGCUAAGAAGGGGGCUCAAUCCAGGGACCAAACGGCACAAUGUCCUCCCAGCAGGCACUGUGGUCUUGGAGUAGCCGCUCCUUCGUGUCACGUUCUCCCAGCAUUCCCUCUAGUGUACGGGAAAAUCCCUGGCUCCGCCCAUAAGAGGCAGCUACGUGCUUCGAUAGCCUUGUAUUAUAUACCGACGGUGUUUGUAGGUUUAUGGGGAACAAAUGAUAUCCUGUACUUAUAAGCUUGCAGCACUGUCCUGGCGUCAGCCGGUCGUGCUCAGAUACCCCCGUUCAUGGAAAGGGCUACCUGGUGACCAUUAAUAGGGCUUUAGCUUUCCAAGUGGAAGUGGCAGCGUCACAAAAUGGUGACAGUCCUGCAGGGGGCUGAGGCUGCGCUUCUUGCGCACGUGCGAAGGGGUCUGAGCGCCGCUGCUGCGGGAGUAUAGUGGUCAGAGGACAGUAUAGAGUGCAAUGGCCCUUACGGACGGCUAGGAAGCUCACCAUGUAUGUCUGUAGUAUGUACCAGCAUGUCAUAUACAGUUGCAUGCACAAGUUUGGGCAGCUCUGGUCUGAAUCUCUGAGUGAGCGAAGGUAACGCCACCUCCGAGUGGUGCCCACGUGGCGUGUCCGGACGUAUUACUGCACAAGUACUAUUCACCUAGAGAUUGAUGAAAUAUAUGAUAUGACCCGAGAUACUGAAACCUCUUCCUACAACUGUAUAUACACGUUUUAUAUAGAGCUAUAGCCAUAUUUUUCUAUAUAUUUUUAUUAUAUAUAUAAAAGCUUAUUUAUAUAUGGAUAUUAUAUAUAUAUAUAAAGAUAUAUAGUGUAAGAGAAAUGUUAUAUGUACAUAAAUACAAACCCACCAUAUAUAAUACAUCAGUGUAUAUAUAUAUUUCAUAAUAUAUUUUUUUGAUGCUAUGUAUAUUUUUAUAUAUAGAAAUAUUUAUAUGCACACAUAUAUUAUAUAGGGCGCCGAGCGGACAAUCUAUACAGGGCUCGAAAUUCACACUGAUCUCCAUUCUCCACUCUCCAUCCUGACUAACCGCAGGACCGUUCCCCCAAGCACCUCCUAGGAGAUACCCCGCGGCCAGUGAGAAUCCCCAGUAUCCGGAGACAGUAUGGGGGUGAUGCUCGCUGGGGUUCUGUCAGUGCGCUGAGGUGAUACCAGAGAGAAGUAGCCUCACAUCCCCGCCAGGAGCAGGAAUUCAUGGUUCCUGCCUGUGAGGCUGAUUGCACCUUUAUAAUACAUACUAGAGAGAUAGACGAGUGUCCCCUGAGGGGUGUAUUGUAUAUAUACUUAUUACUUACCCCUUUGAUACUGUAUUAGUGAUAUUGUGUAAGUAGGAUUACUAUAUAAAUAUAUAUAUAUUUUUUGACUUCAUUAUAGUAUAUGUCUUUAUGGAACAGUGAUCAAUAAACUUAA